CCAAUGGGAAGGGCGAUUGUUGGCAGGCGGUGACGCUUCCUUUCCAGCCGGUGAAGAGAGGGGAGCAUCUAGUCCUCUCACUGUGGUCCAAGAAGGAUCAACUGCACACCUAUUAUACUGUUAUGUUGCAAGAUGUAAUUGGAAAGACUUUCCGACUUCUGGGGUAUACUAUUCAGUAUGGGUGCAUAGCCCAUUGUGUUUUUGAAUAUCUUGGAGGAAUUGUGAUGUGUACAGGACCUUCAAUGGAGCCUACAAUUCAAAAUUCUGAUAUUGUAUUUUCAGAAAAUCUUAGCAGCCACUUUUAUCGUAUUCAGAAAGGUGAUAUUGUCAUUGCAACAAAUCCAGCUGACCCCAAAACAAAUAUUUGUAAAAGAGUAAUGGGCCUGGAAGGAGAAAAAGUCUGUACAAGCAAUCCCUCAGAUUUUAUAAAGACCCACAGUUAUGUACCUAAAGGACAUGUUUGGUUAGAAGGUGAUAAUCUCAGGAAUUCUACAGAUUCCAGGUGUUAUGGUCCUGUUCCAUAUGGAUUGAUAAGAGGACGGAUUUGCUUUAAGCUUUGGCCUUUGACAGAUUUUGGGUUUCUGCGUUCGAGUCCCAACAGUCACAGGAUUUGUAAAGGCUAAUUGAUUUAUGUUAUCAUCUCUUUUUUAACCUUUCAAAUGUGAUUUAUAUUUUUUUAUAUUCAAUAAAUGAUGUAUCAUGAUUCAGGA